CGGUUAUCUUCGAAUUCGGAACCAUUGACAGUCACGAAAAUUAGUCCAGAGGUGAUGGUCUCGUUUUAUCUCGAUAGUAUCUAAAAUAAUGUAAAGUUGAAUAAAGACUCGUAUAUAUCAAAUCGUCCGUUGCACAAAUCCGCUCGUUCUCCGUAAAAGAUAUCAAUCAUCAGACGACAAGAUGAUGUCUGAUCGGAAAGCUGAGCUAGAAAGAAAGAAGGCAAAGCUACAAGCUAUUAGAGAGGAAAAGGAGAGACGCAGAAGGGAGAAAGAACAGAAAGAUGUAGAGGAAGCUACUGUUCGUGCUGCUGGCACAGACAAGGAUCAACGUAAGGAGAUUGAUGCAAUGCUGUCUUCUUUAGGUGUAGCACCAGUGUCAGAUGUACUUUCUAGUUUGUCUAGCAUGAGUUCAUUGACGCCUGAACAAAGUGCUAAUGCUACACCAGAUGCCAGCUUGCAACCAUCCAGUAUAAAUUCUGCUCAAAGUAGUGCAGGACGCAGGAAGAAUAAAGAGCUCACAAUUGUCUCUGUGGCACACACCAACAUUCCUCCGAAAGAACCAGUCGUCUACAGCAAGCAAACGCAAACCAUCCAGACUACGCAUACAUCCCACGACGGACUGUCCACAUCGUCCUCUGCAUACACCAUCUACUCCUCCUGUUCAACAACAACACCAACUCACUCUUGCUCCGCAGGCUACUUUGAGACUGACUGGUGGCGUCCCAGGAAAGGUGGGUCUGCACCAAACUACCUAUCUCAUGCAUUCGACUAUUACGACGAGUACAAUCUAAAUCCUGGUUUAGAAUGGGAGGACGAAUUUACAGUUUUGACAUUUGAUGAUGGCCAAGCCGAAGACGAAGAAAAUAGCUUGCCGCACAUGGACGGUUUCCAGAGUAAGCUCCCACCGGGAAUCCUUCCUCACGGAUUACCGCAAGUUAAAGAAGUCCAGCCUGCCGUUACACAGGUAGAGCAAGAGAAAGAAAAGGAAAAGCCUAAGAAAGAAGUACGGGAGCUGAGCGAAGAAGAGAAGCAAAUGAUUAUCUUGUCAGAAGAUUUCCAACGAUUUCUCGAUCGCACUAGCAGAAUCGUGGAAAGAGCAUUGGGCGAAUCAGUAGAUAUCUAUACUGAUUAUGCUGGCACUAUGGAUGGCGAGGAUGGAAUGGAUGAAAAGAGUCAUCAGCGGUUGUGGCUAAACCGCUCGUUCAUUUGUGAGCGAUGGUCCCGUAAUCGUUGUGUGACCUCCAUGGAUUGGUCGCCGCAGUUCCCCGAGCUUUUGGCAGCUUCGUAUAACAACAAUGACGAUACUCCAAAUGAUCCUGAUGGAGUAUGCCUAAUCUGGAACACGAAAUUCAAGAAAACAACCCCAGAAUUUAUCUUCCAUUGUCAAUCACCCGUCAUGUCUACCACGUUCGCCAGAUUUCAUCCAAACUUGAUUCUGGGUGGCACUUACUCGGGCCAGAUCGUGCUCUGGGACAAUCGAGUGCAAAAGAGAACUCCCAUCCAACGCACUCCCUUGUCCGCCACCGCCCACACCCAUCCGGUGUACUGUUUGAGCGUCGUCGGAACGCAAAAUGCGCACAAUCUGAUCAGCAUCUCGACGGAUGGCAAAUUGUGCUCAUGGAGCCUGGACAUGCUGUCGCAGCCGCAAGAGGCAUUGGAAUUACAUACAAAACAAUCGAAAGCGAUUGCCGCCACAUGCUUGGCCUUUCCGCACGGUGACGUCAACAAUUUCGUCAUGGGAAGCGAGGACGGGACCGUUUACUCAGCCUGCCGACACGGUAGCCGUGCCGGGUUGACGGAAACGUACGAGGGUCAUCAAGGACCGGUCACUGGCAUUAGCGCACACGCGGUGCAGGGUGGGAUAGAUUUCUCCCAUCUGUUCCUGACGUCUUCUCUUGAUUGGACUAUCAAACUCUGGAGUCUGAAAGAGAACAAACCACUUUAUUCCUUCGAACAUAAUGGUGAUUACGUCUAUGACGUUGCUUGGUCACCAACACAUCCAGCACUGUUCGCCGCUGUUGAUGAUUCCGGUAGACUGGAUUUGUGGAAUCUGAAUCAGGAUACGGAAGUACCCACUGCUAGCGUUGUCGUCGAUGGAUCUCCUGCUUUGAAUAGGAUAUCAUGGACACCGAGUGGAUUGCACGUCACUGUCGGUGACGAUACUGGUAAAAUAUGGGUCUAUGACGUCGCCGAGCAUCUAGCUCAUCCAAGAAUCGAUGAAUGGAAUAAGUUUCUGUACACACAACAGGAUCUGAAGAACAAUAAAGCAGAUGAAGAAUUGGACAAACUUAAUCUUAGUUCGGGACCGUCUUCGUUGACAUCUAUGACAUCUAUUUCGUCAGUGCCUCUAAGAUAAUUAUAAUUUUGUUUAAUUAGUUUAGUGAUUUCCUUCUAAAAUUAAUUAUAUUUCAGUUGUAUAAAUAUUAUAAAAUUAGAAUUUUUCGAGGAAGGAAGUUACUAUAUUCUGAUUUUAUUGAAUGUAAUAUGAAAUAAUUAGUCGCCAAUUUUUUAUCCUUCAUCAUUAAUGGAAAUUGGCUAUCAAAAUAACUCUUAAUGCUUCAGAGAUAUACAUGUUAUCGCCGUGUUAAACAUUAAUAAUUAUUCCAAUAUGUGCGUUUAAUUAAAACAUGAUAAGAGAUAUUAAAGAUAUUAGAGAUAUUAAGGAAAUCUGUAAUAUUGAAAUUGUAAAUAAUUCUUUGAUCAUAUUUUGAAACAUUAUUUUAAAUAAUUUGCUGAUAAAACUUCAAUAUGUAUGUUUCGUAAUACAAUUUAUCGAUACCACUAGUACUUAUGAUAACGUAUUACAUAAUGCCAAAUUUAGUGAACUGAAAUCUCUGAUAGAAAGUUAUGAAGAUAAAUUUUUUGAAUUAUAACGUUGUAAAAA